AUGGCUACACCAGCUGAAAAUGACUCGGGAGAAUCUGCCUCUGGAAGCACUCAGAAAUCACUCAAGCGAGCCUGCGAUUGCUGCAGAAAACGCAAAGUACGAUGCGAUGGAGAGAGCCCUUGUGGACCCUGCCGGAAGGCCACCAUUCGAUGCGCCUACCUCCAAGCGCCAAAGAAGAAGGGGCCGAAAGGUCUCAGAAGUGCCAGAGUGCUGCAUGCGCUGAGAAAGAUCGAUCAAUCUGCAACCCUCACGCCCCAUGGCCCUUUGAGUCCGGCUGCACUGCAUGAUGGCUUCAACCAAUGGUAUGGGAGCUCCUCGUCGUCGCCAAUCAAUAUGCCUACGAGCAGUUCCAUCGAUGGACAAAUGUCGACAAGCACACCUGCCGAACCACUCACGACAGGGUACGGUUAUUACGGGCCCCCAGAACCUCAAAGUCUGGCGAUAGCGCCUCAGACAGAGCCCAGAGUGCUCCCGAUCAACCCAAAUAUGAGCCAUCUCUGGCCAACACCACCUCCUCGUCCACAACACUACUAUGCAACUCCUGCAGAACCACAACCUGCCGUUCCACGGAUACCCAACCAGCGGUUCUUGCCAUACGUUCAGCUUUUCUUCGAGCAUCUCUACUUCAUCAUGCCUGUAGUUGACGAGCAAACAUACCUGGACCCUUACCUGUAUAGCUCAGGGAACUACAUGGCGCCAGAAACAUACGCCUUCCUCUGCGCUUUGUGCGCGGCGACAGUCGUGCAGCUGGACGCGGCAACACCUGUGCCUGAGAUGGAACCCCUACCUGGAAAGCCUGCAUCAGCAUCUGAGAUGUUCAUUGAAGAAUGCCUGAAGGUUAGACGAGAGUUUGACUACAUCGGCAAUCCCACCACUGUCACGGUCAUGACUAGCUUCUUCGUCUUUGCCUACUAUGGUAACAAGGAGAAUAGCGAGAAGGCAUGGCACUACUUACAAGAGUCAAUCUCAUUCGCGGAAAACCUGGAUAUGGAUGACGAAGUUUCCAUGCUAAAGCUCGACCCUGUCGAAGCACAAUGGAGGCGGCGGUUGUAUUGGUUACUCUUCAUCACAGAAAGAGCAUACUCGAUACAACGCCGUAAGAAUUGUCGAUUACAUCCUACCAUCCAACUACCCCUAGCCUUCGACCAUGAAGAUCCCCGCCUCCUUCACGGCUUCGUCAACCUUGCCCACCUCUUCUCCGCCAUCGACGACAACUUUGUCAGCAUAUGGAAGGGCAGCGCGCGCCGGAAAGCUCUGUGCUCAGAACCUUGGCUAGCCGAAACCCAACGAUCGCUCGAUACUGUCGCCCACUCGCUUUCCGACAUAACAGAAACCGCUCGGAUAGAUAUCAGUGUGUCGAGGGAGUGGCUACACGUCUUGGCCUGGCAGAUGGGUGUGAGCAACGGAUUGGUCUGCGACAAAGGGACAGCUGGUACUGGAAGACUGGAUUACCCCAUCGAACUCGCACGACGCACAGUCAACAUCACCGAACGAGCGAAUCCUCUGGCUCUAGACUCACAUGGCAUCGGCAUGGAACAAAAGCUCUCAGAUAUCGCUGGCUGCCUCGCCGACGUAUUACAUGUAUCCUCUGGCGACACGUCGGACACGAUACUCGCCGGCCGCCAAUAUCUGCACUUGAUGCUCAACAAACUUUCGAUGAUGAGGGGAAAAGAAUCAAGGUAUCUCAGACCUCUGGUUGCAAAAGCAGGAGACAUUUUGGAUAGUGGUGUACCUCGCAGUAUGACAUUACCCGCACCGGGUUUCCAAGGCAAGAUGGAGGAACAGGAAAGUAAUGGACGGAUCGAUGAAGGAUUACAAUGGGCGGCCGCGGCGCCACGAUGA